ACAUUCAAACAGCAGAAAUUUGACAGUUCUACAUUUAUUUGGGGCGGAUAGUGUUGAAUAACAAAGUUUUACCAGAAAAAUAAGGAAAAACAACGUAUUGUGAAAAUAGAAAAAAUAUAAUGUCAUCUCCUCCUCCUACUAAACCCCCUCGGGGGGUAAAACAAGGAAAAGAGACCAGUGGUUUGCUCAUGUCAGUAAUCCGUACCCUCUCCGCAAGUGAGACUAAUGAACAGCGGGAGAAAGAGAGAGCAAAACUAGAGAAAGAGUACAAGAAAAGUGAUGCAAGACUUGAUGAGUUGGUGGCUGCACAUGCUCAGGAGAUUAUGGAAGUUAUGCAGAAAUUCAGCAGUGUAGUAUCAGCUCUGUCAGUGUGGGGCCAGCACUGUGACGCGGUGGUCGCACGGCUGGGCGCGUGUCGCGGUCUGCUACGGCUGCGACGCGACGACUUAAGGAGGCUGUGGGCUGAUGCCCGCACACAUCAUUAUGCUUUACAGAUGUUGACUGACAUCGAGCGCGUGGUGGUGUCGGAGCGCUCGACGCGCGAGUCGCUGAGCGCGGGGCGCGUGCUGGGCGCGGCGCACACGCUGAGCGCGGCGCUCGACACCGCCAACACCACGCUCUCACACGUCACCGCGCUCAACGCCACCCGCCAACACCUGCAGUUAAAGAAACGUGAACUGGUAGACGUGAUAGUUCGUCGUCUAAGCGAAGCGGUGUAUCGCGACGAACGCGCGCCUCUUACUCGACGCGUUUCGGCUCGGAGGCGAACUGCCCUCUUACUUGCUGAACUGACUAAGAGUGAGGAAGUCACGGACGCGUAUCUGCAAGAAGUGACUCCUGAAUUCGAAGCUUCGCUCUCGGAAGAAGAUAAAACCUUCGAGACCACCGUCAUGAUAUCUCUGGAGGCUCUCGGAGUGUUGGAACAGCUGAAAGAAGCAACUGAGAAAUUCAGGGUCCAAAUUCAACACGAACUAUUGGAAGUGAUCGAUUCCGUGUCCCGUCGUAUCAUCGAAGAGGGAGAGGUCGAAGCGGACGCCGAGUGCGAGGAGGAUGGUGAGAUACCGGACAGCGAGGGUGUGACAGAGUCGGGACGACCGCUCGCUAGGCUGGUUACAAGUCUCGGUGAAGAGUUUAGGGCAUGUGCUUCUAGGAAUAAAAGAUUACUGCAACUUUGGAGAGCGACUUUGCAAAAGUAUCGCCUGCCAGAUUCCUGCUUGCACACUGAACAGCAUUACUGGAGUGCAGUUCAACAAGUGCUGCAGCUGCUGCUGACGGAGUACCUGGAGAUCGAGAGCGUGACGCUGGCGGCGGCGCGCGCGGGCGGGGCGGCGCCCGACGCGCCCGACCUGCGCCUCGCCGACUACUUCGCCAGGAAGAGGCCGCAGCGCCGCAGGAACAAGCUGUUCAAACUGGCCGGUCCCCCUGCCCCGUCCCCGUCGCUGGCCCGGCGGCAGGCCUACCCGCUGGUGUGCCGGCCCGACCCCGCACACCUGCACGCGGUCCUACCCGCCCUGCACCCGCUCUGCGCGCACAUCGAGCCUGUCACCGGCGGCGGCGAGUGUUCCCUGCGCGCCUUCAUCACGGACUACGUGCGCUCGGGCGAGUGCGAGCGCCUGGCCGCCGCCGCGCGCGCCGCCAUCGACCUCGUCAUGCGCGGGCCCGGCGUCUGGCGCGAGCGGGGCAGCCCGCCCGCCGCCUGCGGGAAGGGGUCGGGCCCCCGGCAUCGCGUGAUCUUCUCGUGCUGCGGCGGCGGCUGGCGCGGCGUGUGCGUAGCGGCCCGCGCGGCGCGGCGCUGCGGGGCCUGCGGGGGCGCGGACGCGCUACGCGCUACGAGCGCCGCGCUCGCUACGCUGGCUACGCACUGCCGCGCCGCGCACAACAGGCUCACGCCCAGCACGCCGCAAGGUCCACCUAGAGCUCAGAGGUGGCUGUCUGAUGACGACAUAGUGCGUUUCCUGCAGUCCUUGCCCAACUGGACAGCUGCUACUCAACCAGAUGCUAAAAUCAGUGCUGACGACUUGAAACAAGCAUACGAGAGGGAAGCGGAGAUCCUAGGAUCCAGUUUGGGCGAUGGCGCCGUCACUCGUAAGGAAAUCGUAUCAGAUAUCAAUGCACUGGCCGAUCUGGCUGUGUUAUGUGAAACUAUGGACUGGUUGAGUGCCAACAUCAGGGGUCUCCCAUCGAUGCUGGGCGGUCCGGGCGGGUUCAGCAAGCUGCCCGACAAGUUCCUGAACGACAUCUCCUCGGCCGCCAUGAUCUUUGACGAGAUAUCGCAUAAGUGCCUGCUGUUCUUACAUUUGGAGAUGCGCAUCGAAUGCUUCCACUACCUGGGGCAGGAGGAGGUCCCCGCGGCGGAGGCGGGGGCGCGGGGGGCGAGGCGGGGGGCGCGGGGGGCGCGGCGCAGCUGGCCCACGCGCUGCUCGCUUUCCACGAACACGCGCACAACGUCAUGGCGCCGCACAGGCUCGCGUACAUAAUGAACGGCGUGGGCGAGAUGAUGUCGGCGGGCGUGGUGUGGCGCUGGCAGAGCGGGGCGGGCGGG